AUGAUGGACGGUUACAGGCUGUUUCGCAAAGACAGGCAGGGAAAAAGAGGUGGAGGAGUCGCACUCCAUAUUAAGGAAAACCUCGAAUGUAUUGAAGUCAACUAUGGUGAUUGUGAGUGCUCUAUUGAAUGCAUCUGGGUUAAAAUCAGAGGGGUCGUCUGCAAGCAGGACCUUACAGUGGGCAUCUACUACCGACCCCCAAACCACGACGAUAAAGCUGAUGAAGCAAUAUUUAUAAGUUGGGACACUAAGACUCAGCUCUUGGGAGUUUUACUUGCUGCUGCUUCAAAUUUUCUGAUUAGUGUCUCUUUGAAUAUACAGAAAUGCGCUCAUCUCCGACUGGCUUGCCAAACAGAGCCGAAGCCCUACUACAUGAGCAAGCUAUGGUGGUGUGGGAUUACCCUCCUGGGGCUUGGAGAGGCGGGCAAUUUCACAGCCUACGGAUUUGCCCCCAUUGCCCUUGUCGCUCCACUGGGAUGUGUAUCUGUCAUAGGUAGUGCAUUUAUUUCUGUCUUAUUCCUAAAGAAGACCUUGAGGGCUGCUGAUAUAUUGGGAGGAACACUGACAGUAACAGGGACAUACUUGUUGGUCACAUUUGCUCCAAAUGUAUCCCAAGAGCUCACAGCAAGAAGAGUACAGAAUUACUUAGUGAGCUGGCCUUUUUUGGUAUAUUUGAUCUUAGAAAUUAUAAUAUUCUGCCUUCUCCUCUAUUUUUACAAAAGGAAGGCUGUGAAGCACAUCGUGGUUUUGUUAAUGAUGGUAGCACUACUGGCAUCGCUGACUGUCAUUGCUGUAAAGGCUGUGGCCAGCAUGAUAACACUCUCUGCGAAGGGGAAAAUGCAGCUAACUUAUCCUGUUUUCUAUAUCAUGAUUGUUUUAAUGGCAACUUCUUGUGCUUUCCAAGUCAAGUUCUUGAAUCAAGCAACGCAUCUGUACAAAGUGACAGCAGUUGUGCCCAUUAAUUUUGUGUUCUUCACCACCAGUGCCAUCAUUUCAGGGGUCGUAUUUUAUCGGGAAUUCCAAAGUGCAGCUUUGCUGAACGUGUUCAUGUUUCUGUUCGGGUGUCUCCUAUCUUUCCUUGGUGUAUUUGUAAUUGCAAGAAAUAAAAAAGAGGAACAUUUACAAAUUCUUUUUAUUGACUAUGGACAUAUUCCCGGACAAAAAUUGACAGGCAAAAUACAACCAGAUUCUCACAGUUCAUGCUAUGGCACUUUGAAUAAUGAAGAUGACUCGGUGAAAAGUCAAAGCUGA